AUGGGAAGAGAAGGGUUUUUGCUCCUCAUCUCUCUGCUAUCUCUUGCACUAAGCUUCCGUUCAAGUUGCGUGCAGGCGGCGAUAACGCUACCACCGGAGGAUCGACCUCUUACCCGCCACUACUACAAGAAACUUAUUACGUGCAAAAAUGUGGAGGCAUUUGUCCAGCAUCAAGUGAUGCUGUUUUGGAACAAGGAAAAGAGCCUCACAGCCAAGCUUCUUAAGUUGCUCUAUUCAGACUGUAUGGUCAAUGGAUGCGAUGCAUCAAUACUGCUGGACGGUCCACAAUCAGAGAAAACUGCUCCCCAAAAUGCAGGGCUCGGAGCUAAGCUACCAAAUUUAGGACUAACAGUGUUUGAUGUCAUCGACAAAAUCAAGAUCAUCAUCGAAGAUCGAUGUCCGGGAGCGGUCUCCUGCACUGACAUUCUCAACCUUGCAACCAGAGACGCCGUUCAUUACGUAAAGUCUUCGACCUACACUCAUACAUACUAUCACGGAUACAAAUCACUUCUCUCAAUGCUCAAAUACUACCAUGAAUCAAUAAGGGACGGGCUGGAAUCAAAAGCAGAAUGGGUAUACUACCCGUCGCCGUCAAUCUCCUGGGAGUCAGCACUGGCCUUCUUCAGAUCCAAAGGCUUAGAUGUGCAGGACAUGGCUACCCUCCUAGGGGCACAUACAAUGGGCAAAGCACAUUGCAGCUACAUCCUCGACCGUCUGUACAAUUUCAAUAAUACAGGAAAACCAGAUCCCAGCAUGAAGAAAUCCUUACUAACGAACUUGAGAAAGCAGUGCCCACCCAAAUCGAAGACAGGCCAAAGCAACCCACUUGUAUUUCUAAACCCAGAUAACGGCCCCAAUUACAAGUUCACCAACAGCUACUACUCAAGGGUCCUAUCCCAUAAAUCUGUCCUAGCAGUUGAUCAGCAGCUACUGUAUGGUAGUAGUAAUGGCACAAAGCAAUUAACCAAUCAAUAUGCUGGCAGUUUCGAAGAUUUCGGCGAAGAAUUUGCUUUGUCAAUAAGUCGGAUGGGAGGGCUUAAAGUUUUGACAGGAAACAAGGGGGAGAUACGCAGGAAUUGCCGUUCCACCAACAUCAAGUAG